ACUUUUGUCAAUUUCUCUCAAUCAAAAUACCCCAUUUCUCUCUCUCUCUCUUUUAUUUUAAAGAAGAACAAAACAAAAAAACAUAGAAACUCUUUCCUUUCUCGAUCUCUUCUCUUCUUGAACUUCUUCCAAGAUCCCCAGACCAAAUGGCUCAGAAAGUGGUGUUGAAGGUUUUAACCAUGACUGAUGAUAAGACCAAACAGAAAGCCAUAGAAGCUGCAGCUGAUAUCUUUGGAGUUGAUUCGAUAGCAGCGGAUAUGAAGGAGCAAAAACUGACGGUGAUCGGUCUGAUGGAUGCGGUUGCGGUGGUGAAGAAGUUGAAGAAGGUAGGUAAAGUCGAUUUGAUAUCGGUUGGACCGGCCAAAGAGGAGAAGAAAGAAGAGAAGAAGGAAGAGAAGAAAGAGGAAAAGAAAGAGGAGAAGAAGGAAGAGAAGAAGGCUGAAGAACCUAAGAAAUAAAAUGAGUAAUUGUUCCAUAUAUUGAAAACCCCUAAAUUUUUUUGUCAUCUUGAAUAAUCUUAUGGUGUAAAAGUAAUUGUUCAAUACUUUGUAAUAAAAUUAAAGUACAUUGGACAUUUUAUUUUUAUUUU